AUGAAGACAGCUCAAGCUCUGCACAGAAUGUGGUCACAUGCAGUCAAAAAGUUGGGGAUUUUGAAAGGGCACGCCCCAGGCAUGGAAGAGCUGAUAUGGGAACAGUACACUGUGACCUUACAAAAGGAUUCAAAACGAGGAUUUGGGAUUGCAGUUUCAGGCGGCAGAGAUAACCCUCAUUUUGAAAAUGGUGAAACAUCGAUAGUCAUUUCAGAUGUUCUCCCAGGUGGUCCAGCAGAUGGAUUACUUCAAGAAGAUGACCGGGUGGUCGUAGUUAAUGGGACCCCAAUGGCAAAUGUUACACAUUCUUUUGCAGUCCAGCAGCUUAGGAAAAGUGGAAAAGUGGCCACCAUUGUAGUGAAAAGACCAAGGAAAGUUCAAGCUGCUGCUCUGAGAAGAAGCCCCUCUCUUGACUAUGAGGACAGAGCUCUAGACAUAAUGGAUGAUCAUGCAGAAUUCGAUGGUAAAAGUGCUCAAAGUGGCUAUAGCGACAGGAGCUGGCAUAGUGGUAAUGGUGGGCACAGUCAAAGCUGGGGAAACAGCCUGGAUCAGAGCUACAGAGAUGAACAAGACCGAGGGCGUAACCGAAACAGAGACCGCGAUAGAGAAUGCAGCUACAGCCACAAUCGUAGUCGUGGUAGGAGUGUUGACAGGAGCUUGGAUCGAGAUUAUGGAAGAGAUCGGAGCAGGGGAAGAAGCAUCGACAGGGAUGGUGGCUACGAACAGAACUACGGAGGAGACUACAGCCUGCCCAGUUAUAGUCAUGGAUCUCAACCUGAUCCUAGAUACGCGAGGGAGGUAAGGAGUCGAAGUCAGGACACGCUUCGAUCCCGAAGUCCUUCACCUGAAACACACCGUCAACCUGAGUACCUAGGACCACAGGAUCAGAAUGGACCUAUCAGUGUUCUCUUAACAAAAGGCAGACAUAAUGAAGAAUAUGGUCUUCGGCUUGGAAGUCAGAUCUUCAUAAAAGAAAUGACCCAUACCGGCCUAGCAACCAAAGAUGGCAACCUUCAUGAAGGGGAUAUCAUUCUCAAGAUCAAUGGUACAGUGACAGAGAACAUGUCUUUAGCUGAUGCCCGAAAAUUGAUUGAGAAGUCACGGGGGAAGCUCCAGCUGGUUGUCCUCAGGGACAGAAAGCAGACACUGCUCAACAUUCCUUCAUUGAACGACAGUGACUCAGAAAUGGAUGACGUUUCCGAAAUAGAGUCAAACAGAUCAUUCUCCCCUCAAGAUGACAGAUUGCAUCAUUCUGAUUUAGAGUCACAUUCGUCCAAUGAAAAGCUGAAAGAGAAACCCAAUGCAAAAGAUGAUCCAUCCAGUAGGAUGUCCAGGAUGGGAGCAAUGCCUACACCAUUCAAAUCAACUGGUGACAUUACUACUCCUGCUGUUACAGUUACAGAUGCAAACAAAGAACUGAAGUACCAAUAUGACCCAGCAGUAUCUCAACCAAAACCAGUUACAAGACCAGUUCUUAAACCCAGCCCUGAAGAUGAAGCAAUAUAUGGUCCUAAUACAAAAAUGGUGAGAUUCAAGAAAGGGGAUAGUGUGGGUCUACGACUGGCUGGCGGAAAUGACGUAGGGAUAUUUAUUGCUGGAAUUCAAGAAGGCACCUCAGCUGAUCAGGAGGGACUGCAGGAAGGAGAUCAGAUUCUUAAG